AUGGCUGAGUACUUAGCUUCAAUCUUCGGGACAGAGAAGGACAAGUAUGCCUUAUCUUUGUUGUUAAUGUAUCUUAAAGAGUUAACUGCUCCUUUUACUUCAAAAUCGGUGCUUGCCGCCAUGAAUGCAGUGGCGAAUAUGACUGAGGUUCAAGCACAACAGUUGUUCGACGAGUUUUUCGAGGAAGUUUUUGUGGAAUGUGAAGAAAAAUACGGUGAAAUCGAAGAAAUGAACGUUUGUGAUAACCUUGGUGAUCAUCUUGUAGGCAAUGUCUAUAUUAAGUUUCGUCGUGAAGAAGAUGCAGAGAAGGCGGUAAAAAUGCUCAACUGCCGGUGGUUUGGUGGCCGACCCAUUCACGCUGAGUUGUCGCCCGUUACGGAUUUUCGGGAGGCGUGCUGUCGGCAGUAUGAAGUGGGCACCGCUCGGUUGACGGGCUAUAUCCCUUCCAAAUGA